GAAUUUGAAACUGGAGCAUGAGCAGGAGAAAAACAAGAUCUUGUCAGAAGCAUUAGAGACUCUAGCUACUGAGCACCAUGAACUAGAGCAGUCUCUGGUUAAGGGAUCUCCGCCUCUCAGCAUCAUCAGUGAGGAGCAGUUCUAUGAUGCUGUUUCAGAUUCGGAAUCUGAAAAAUCAUUAAGUGGCUUUGAAACAACCACAGCCUUCUCUUUAGAGGACAGCAUGGAUUCCAAAGAUACGAUAACUUCAGGCGUCUCUGAAGAAAAGGUUUGUGGCAGUGGAGAGUCGCUGUCUAAUGGAAUCAAAAAACACAGAACAAGCUUGCCCUCUCCGAUGUUUUCUAGAAAUGACUUCAGUAUCUGGAGUAUCUUAAGGAAAUGCAUUGGAAUGGAGCUGUCGAAGAUCACAAUGCCGGUUAUAUUCAAUGAGCCGCUGAGCUUUCUGCAGCGGCUUACAGAGUACAUGGAGCACACGUACCUCAUCCACAAAGCCAGCUCGCUUUCCUGCACAACGGACCGAAUGCAGUGCGUUGCUGCAUUUGCUGUGUCUGCUGUAGCCUCGCAGUGGGAGCGUACAGGGAAGCCGUUCAACCCCUUGCUUGGAGAGACGUAUGAGUUGAUCAGAGAUGAUCUUGGAUUUAGACUUCUCUCAGAGCAAGUUAGCCAUCAUCCACCAAUCAGCGCUUUCUAUGCAGAGGGUUUAAAUAAUGAUUUUGUGUUUCAUGGAUCGAUUUAUCCAAAACUCAAAUUCUGGGGCAAGAGUGUGGAAGCGGAACCAAAAGGCACAAUGACUUUGGAGCUUCUUGAACACAAUGAAGCCUACACGUGGACAAAUCCUACAUGCUGUGUGCAUAACAUCAUUGUGGGCAAACUUUGGAUUGAGCAGUAUGGAAACGUGGAAAUAACUAACCAUAAAACUGGUGAGAAAUGCGUACUAAGCUUCAAGCCGUGCGGUCUCUUUGGGAAGGAGUUGCACAAAGUUGAAGGCUACAUUCAGGACAAAAGCAAAAAGAAACUUUGUGCACUGUAUGGGAAGUGGACGGAGUGUUUGUACAGUGUUGACCCUGCUACAUUUGACGCUUACAAAAAAAAUGACAAGAAAAAUGCAGAAGAGAAGAAAAGCGGUAAACAGGAAUCAGAUGAGAUGCCAUUGCCAGAUUCAGAGAGUGUGUAUGUUAUUCCUGGAAGUAUUUUGCUAUGGAAGAUAACUCCAAGACCUCCAAAUUCAGCACAGAUGUAUAAUUUUACUAGCUUUGCUAUGGCUUUGAAUGAGUUGGACAAAGAAAUGGAGAGUGUCAUUCCCAAAACUGACUGCCGGCUACGACCCGAUAUCAGAGCCAUGGAAAACGGAGAAAUAGAUCUAGCUAGCGAGGAAAAGAAGAGGCUAGAAGAAAAACAAAGGACUGCUCGCAAAAAUCGUUCAAAGUCAGAGGAAGACUGGAAGACGAGAUGGUUCCACCAAGGCCCCAAUCCCUAUACUGGUACGCAGGACUGGCUUUAUUCUGGCAACUACUGGGACAGAAACUACUUUAACUUGCCUGAUAUUUAUUAA